GCCACAAACCUGCGUUGUAUGUAAACGAACAGUUGCAACUGCGCAAACAAGUAUUUUGAUAACAGUUUAGCCCGUGAGUUUUGUCAGCAGCUGCCCAAGAAGCUUAUACUGUUUCGGAAACCAUUGCAUGUUAAAACCGUGACACGUCCAGUUAGCAGGCUAUACAGCUAGCAAGCUAACUAGCUACUUUUAUUCCUAGUAACACUGCUAGGAAAUGGAGCCACUGCCCAGCAAAACAUUGUCCACAGAUGCAUGUGCCUGGACAGAAAAUCCCCAGUUUAAUUAAUCAUUGUGGAUGUUUUUUUCCUCGGAGUGGGAGACAUUUCGACGACAUUGUCAUCGGAGAGUUUGACAGGAGUGAAAUAUCCCCACUACUGUACUGUACUUGGGGUUUCUCCUCCAAACCAACGCAAGAUGGACUCUCAUUCGGCUUGUCUGUCUUGUCAGAGCUCAGAUCGACAUUUUGCACGGAGAUGAAAAUGUGUGCCUGGAGGUAGGAGCACCGUAGGUCACCGUCAUUGCAUGACAAAGGCUGUGGCAGAUUCAUCUUCAUCACUCAUACAGCAUUUCCAUAGUUUUUUCUUCAGUGCGGUAGUACCAUGAAGGGUGGAGGAAGGGGUAAAGAGCCACCUGUUGCAGGGGAGGUCACUGGCAAGCGUCCCAAACGCAAGUGCCUGCAGUGGCACCCACUUCUCUCCAAAAAGGCUCUGGAUUUCUCUGAAGAGGAAGAAGAGGAGGAUGAAGAGGAGCUGGAGAAGCAGCCAGUGCUAUGUGACCAGGACCAGGGGUCGCAGGUGCAGUGUGGAAGCACAACAGAGGAAGUGGAGGAGGACUCAAAUGAGCAGCGGGCACGGCGGCCAAUGAAUGCCUUCCUUCUCUUCUGCAAACGCCACCGUUCCCUGGUGCGGCAGGAACACCCUCGCUUGGACAACCGUGGGGCCACCAAGAUCCUGGCUGACUGGUGGGCUGUGCUGGAGCCCAAAGAGAAGCAGAAAUACACUGACAUGGCCAAGGAGUACAAGGACGCCUUUAUGAAGGCGAACCCUGGCUACAAGUGGUGUCCCACCACCAGCAAACCGGUUAAGAGCCCCUCCUGUCAGCCUGUCAGCAACCCCCGCAAAAAAGUUUGGUCCUUCGCUUCCAACUCAACCAAGGACUCCACCACUGCCAAAAAAGUGCCCAAAACUGACAGCAUGCCACAGUUAAACUUUGCCAUGGCAGACCCUACAAAGAUGGGAGGCCUUAGCAUGCUGCUGUUAGCUGGGGAACAUGCCCUCACAAACAGAGAGAUCCCUUCCAGCACUAAACCUAGUUUACCUGACACAGCCAGCGAAGGGAACUCCUUUCCAGGCGAUGAGGAAGAGAUGUUGUCUGGGACAAUACCAAACAGAGUGCCUGACAUUACUGAAAGCAGGGUUAAGUCUGCCCUUUCCCCACUGGCAGAGUCAUCUCUCUCUACGGCACCUGAAGGAAAACCAUGUGGACAGUCUGCUCUCUUCCAGCUGGCUGAGAUGUGCUUAGCGUCUGAAGCUGGAAAGAUGGACACCGUGGUAUCUCAGCCUGAACACGGCUCCUCUACAGCUUCUCUCCAGGAAACUACGGUCAAGCCAGAGAUCAAGGAGGAGAAGGCAGACAGUGCCGAGUGUCCUCCCUCCUCACACACAUCAGCCCUCCUACCUUUGCUCUCCUCUGUCACUUCUACCUCCACUGAUGCCAUUCCCCCACAACUCAGCAGCCAAAAUGCACGUGUCAAAAACAAGAGCAAGAAGAGGGAGGUGGCCAAGUCAAAUGAUGACGAUGAGAUCGCUUGCUCGGCAAAGAAGAUCGUCAAGAAGUGUAACCAUGCAGAAUCAAACAUGGACAGUGUCUUCAGUACGAUUGAGGCAGUGGCUAAAGGGGCCUGGAGGGACACAGAGGAGAAGGCCAAAAAGAAGAUCCCGAACAGUCCUAGUGCUGGAAACUCUGGUGGGCCCAAAAAGAAGAGUAAGCCCAAAGUCAAGACCACUGUCAAAGAAAAAGAGGAGGAGAUGGAGGAUGACAGUGGGCAGUGUGAGCAGUACAGUUCCUCUGAGGUGGAAAUGAAGGAAGACAUGACUGAUGUCAGCCCCAAGGCAGAAAUAGAGGAAGCAAGUCUAGGAAGCACUGACCUUCAGGGCAGCAUCACAGAACCCCAUCCCUCCCCCUGCAGCCCCUCACCUGUUAAACUCAAAGAGGACGACAAGGGGAAGGAGAGGUCGAGUGAGGGGACCUGCGACCCCAACAUAGAGAGCCACGGCUCCAGGAAAUCAGAGCGGAGCUGUAAAGGCGCCUUGUAUAAAACCCUUGUUUCUGAGGGAAUGUUGACGUCACUGAGAGCCAACAUUGACCGAGGUAAAAGAGGGGCUUUCCGAGCUUCUGAUCAUGAUGCAAACUGGAGUGAUGACAGCUGGACAGUUUCUCAGAUAGGACCUAAUAAUCCCAAGAAGCUGAAAAAGUCCAAGUCCAAAGAUGAAUGUUCACAGGGCCUAGGGAAACUGGAGGAGGAGUUUGAAAGGAAAUUUAACAGCCUGCCGCAGUUUAGCCCGAUGACAUUUGAUAAGAAGGGGACUGCUGUUGCAAAGAAGAAGAAGACUGACACCUCCACUGUCCAGGAGGAAGUCCCAAAAGCUGGGAAAGGGUCAUCUCCAUCUCAGAAAAAGACUUCAUUCCACAAGAUUGUUAGGAAGCACAAACACAAAAAGGAGAAACCAGUUGCAGUGGACAAAGCCGUGGUACAGAGCGAUUCCACCAUGCUGGAUUCAGCUUCAAAAGCCAAAUCAUGUGCCCCCGUUGCCAUAAUAUGCCCAGAUGUCCAGGGCACCUCUAGUAUGGAGAUGCUAGUUGGUAGCCAGAAGAGGAAGGCUAGGAAGACCAAGAUCACUCACUUGGUGCGGACAGCUGAUGGCAGCGUGUCUCCAGCUGAGGAGGACAAAACUAGGGACCUGAACCAGGAAGAGGAUAAGAAGCCAUUACCCCAACAGAAUUUAUGCAAUGAAAAAGGGUGCUAUAGUAAUCCCAGAGCAGAGGAGGCCGAGAGGAGCACCGUACCACAAGAGCUACCUGCUUUCUUCAGCCUGGCAGCCCUCGCUGAGGUCGCAGCCAUGGAAAACGUUCACAGAGGCCAGAGAGGCUUGGCUGAAAAUCAGAAGAAAGAGCUUGCCCAGACUCCAGUCCUCAUCUCCUGCGCUGAUCAGUGAAACUCUGCUGCUGUUAUGAGAAGCCACAACAUGGACAUUGGCAGUGGAGCUUUACUUUCCUCAGUGGUAACCCUACACUGAAGGGAGACUUGAUCAGGAAGCUUUGGACGGACUCCACCUUACCCUUGUGGUGAAUUUGCUUGAGCUCGGGUUCAUGGUGGGGGAAAGAGGCCCCCUCCUCCUCCUCCCUGGUCCUCGCUAUCUCAGUGUUUUCCCCAGAAGCCUUCCUUUGGUUUGAGGGAGGAUGCCUUUCUGAACUCCUCCUGCCCCCCUUUAGAUGCUCUCUGUUUGGGCCUGUGGAAGAAUCAAGCUGUCCCCCAGUGCAUGGCUUCCCUUAUAGAGAUGGUUGUCAUGGGUUUAUUGUACACCGUUUUGUCUAAUAGAGGCCGUUUUUAAGGCCAUCUUGCGAUUUAAAAAAUAGCAUUUUAGGUAGGGCAAAACAACCCAACACUGCAUUCGUUUUCUAGACGAACACAGCUUUCUGUCACCUUUUUACCUCACACACACGCCUACUGAAGAGUUCCCUCCACCUCUGGUAGAAUACCUCUGUAUUUGAAUAGUUCUUAUCCCUUCCAUUCCUUCCAGCUUCAACCCAAAAUGACUUCAACCAGGGUAAAUGAUCAUCAUGGAUAGACUUCCAUCACCAACUACUUGCUUAAUGUUUUCCUGUGGUACACUAAUCUGGUGUGCUCAAACUAUGGAGAAAUCAUGGUUUAGUAUUUGAUAUGUAAGUUAUGAUGCUACUGUAAAACAGUAUGUGGUAGCUACAAAUAAUCACGUUAGACUGAAUGUGUAAGAGUAGACCUGUGCAUACCUUUGCAUCUAGAGUUGACUAUAGCUGAGGGUGUUUGUUUGUCCUGCUUAUCUUUUAGUGGUAGGUUCACAGUGUCCCUGUCAGGCUUAUGAGACAGCAGGGCAGCUUAAAAGCUUCUUCGUGUGAUUGGGAGGUUGUGUGAAAGUGAUUCAAAUAUAGCCUUAACCCUCCCACAUAGACCCUCCACCCCACCCAGACCUAGAACCAGCUUCUUGCUCAAUGCCAUCACAGUCCUAAAGUCAGUGUAAACAUUUUUUUGAAUAGUGAAAUGCAGUUUUGUCAAUACUUGAUCUUAUUGCAGUUUGCGUAGCAAUUAGAAAGGUUAAUUCCUUGUGUGCGACUUAUUUCGUGGAAUAGGUUUUUGUUUUAAAUCACAUAAACACUGCACUAAUUUGUAGCUGAAGUUUGAGUUGCUCUCAGAAGAGUAAUGAAAUGCCUUGUCUCCACAAGUCACAGUGUUCUUAAACCAUACCCUCUCAGUAGUGUCUUCACUGUCCUCAGGACCUGGCUAAAGCCAACCACACGCUCCAGUGUAAAAGAUCGGAAGUUAUAAGUCAAAGUGGAAUAUUUGUUUCAUGAAAUUGUUUUAUACUGCUUCUCAUAAAAUGAGAAAAAAAGCAAGUGGUUUUUUUUCUGAUUUAGUGCAGAAACAAAAUAUUGAUUUAACGUGUCAUAAUCAGACCACGCUAUUCUACUCUGGUUCCUCACAGUGCCAAUGGAGACAAGGCAUUUAAUAACAGUUCCCCCAUUAUUUUCCUAUCGGCCUUUUGAGAUUUUAUUGCCAAGUAAUGGUCUACUCGGAGGUCACAUGUAAUCAAUGUUUUGAUCUUUAGAAGUAUUUAUAUUUAGAGGCAACUUUGUGUUCUUUAUUUUUGGCUUUGUUUUGUUAAUGUUUGGUCAGAAUCAUUCCAUUUCCACGCCUCUGUCUUGGCCAUACUUUUGUUUACAGUCGAUCAGCUGUAGAAGUGAGGAUAAAUCAGGAAGGAUGCAGUAAAGCUGCAGGUUUGUUGUCUUCCCGAGGGUUGGUGGAACCUGGAAGAGCUGCCACAGGCACAGAGGGUAACUGAGAGCUACGCAGACUCCCCAGCAAUACCCCUCGCCUCCUUACCUAGCAGCCUUUUAUUCCUCUGUGUAGACCAAUACUUAAUUUAUCACGUUUUAGAUUCACAUUUCUAACUUUUAUAGCUCUUUGUUUUCUAUUUAAUUGUCCUUCUGUCAAAAUGUGUGAGUUUAUGAUGCGCUUUUAACUAGGUCCUCUUUAUGCUUUCUCCUGAGGUCAAGUUUACUGGAUUAAGAAUGUUGUCAAAAAAAAAGAUCAAGCUCAUAGACGAUGAAUGCAUCCAUGCUUACCUGCUAAGCAAACGGGCACUGAGAUAAAAUGCACAGUCUCUAGACAAUGAGCUUGUCUUUUCACCUCUGGAGGUGUGCAUCUGACUGCGACUGCAACACCAUUUCUUGGAUAUGUGUUAAGAUGUGUUCCGAGUACUUUUGGACACUUGAUGACAGGACAGACAAAUAAGAAAUGAAUGGGUCUUAGAGAACUCGUGUCUUGAAAUAGAGGAUUUUCCUAUAUCAAGGCAUUGUUACAUGGUAAUAAUGUUUUGCUUCUGUAGGCCCUUGUGUGCAAACAGUACAGUACAUGCAACAAAUCUAUAAUUCCUCUCUAAAUUUGUCCUUAAUAUCUAUUAAACUAACUGCAAAUGUUUCCCAGUUAAGCUUAAGGGAACCACAUUAUGCUUUACAAUAAUCCUUAAAAUAAAUGGUAUAUCUAUUUUUUCAGUUAUGAGAAAAAAGUAGAUGAUGUCAUCCCAGCAGUAAACUGUAUAGUUCUUCCACUGGUUGACGUCAGUGUAGUUCUUUGCAAAGACAAAGAAAUUGUCUUCCCCCCAAAUAUAGAUAUAUUUGCUUAUAGCAAGUGAGUUUAUUGACAUUUGCCAAAGAAAAGGGAAAAGUAUAUUCAAAUGGAAAUCCUGUCCUUUUUUUUUUCUUCUUCUUUUUUAAAGAAAGCUGUCAUAACAGUUGCACUGCAUUUCCUAGGUGUAUAAAUCUUCAGGUAACAAUAUCAGCACAAUUCAUCCUGUGUAUCAAAUGGGAUUUCCAUGAUGUUUGAGCCCAGAGUUGGAAUGAAGUGCAACAAAAGGGCACCACUCAAUGCCUCUUUUACUAUACAGUAUUUGCACCUUAUGACCCAAACCAAAAUGAUCACGGUCUUUGAAGAAAAUAUAUAAUUUUUACCCACUCUAUGGAAAUUAUGCAUUUUAACUAUGAUAUAUGCGAGAAUCCAGUCAAUAACAAAUCCACACAUCUACCAAACAGCCAUAAUAUUCCCCCAUCCCCUCACUUUUUCUAUCUAGAAAAUGCUUCUAUAAAGUUGAAAUUCCUAUAUUAGUUACCUAAAUGACUAUAAUACCCUUUUGUGCUAGUACUGUCUUCUUGAAUGUAAUCAUUUUGUACCUGUAUUUUUCUAAUUCAGUCUUGAUUGUACUGUAUGUAUGCUAUGAUGGUAUACUGUUCCUUAGGUGCAUAGUUCGUUACAACCAACAGUUCUCAUGACAGGAUAGCUGCUGUGCUGCGAACUCAGAGGAAAUGUGUGGAGGUUUUAAGUCCAAAGGACUUACUGUACCAUGUGAGCAUCCAUGAGACUGAUAACUGAGAGAUUGUUGCAUUUUGAGUGGUGGGACAAUAGCUCUCCCUGGUUUGCUACUUCUUUUUUUUUUUUCCUUUGCAGUAAAAGUGAAAGUCUGAUCAGGACAGUUUUUAAAACAAGGACGCUCCUGCAAUCAGAUAGAACAAUUGAAUGCUUGAGUUUCAACUUAUUUAUUACUGUUCCUUUUUAUAGGUUUAGUUGAAUAAAAAACAAUAAAAUAUACAACUGAAUAUGCAUCCAUUUAUACAUGAACGUGUAUAAGAUAAUCUACCCUUUACUGGAAUGUAGAUCAUGGCUUCCUUUUGUUUGUUUUGUGUGAAGAAGAGGUUAUGCCAGAUCUUUAAGUCUCUUUCCUCUGAUAGUUUGUACAACAUGAGCUUAAUCUAAUUUAUGUUACUAGUAAUCAUCAUGACAGAUGUGUUUUUUUUUUUAUUGUUACAGCCCAGUGGUUAAAUGCAGCCUUGCCUUACUGGAACCCCUGCUUAGUGAGGGAUCCCUCAGCCACCCGCCCACCCACCCACCCAGCCUCCCUAGCCCACCCCACCCCACAACAAAACUCCUAUGUCAUAACACUGUUUGCUGAUGCAACUAUUAUUCCUUUUACACUUUCUGCUGACGCAACUAUUACUUCUUGAACACCUAUUAAAAUAACAUCUAUUGCAUCUGUGUGAAAAGAU